AUGGGCUGCGCAGGCUCGAAGGAGGCGCACAAGGAGCCAUGGGCCAAGGGAAACAACAUGAAGAACGUGAACGGCACCGCGAAGGCAGCCCCCUCGCACCGUCAGCUCGCCCGCGCGGCCUCCCGGCGCGGCUCGGACGCCAACAUGGCCGCGGCCGGCCCCGGGCUGCGCCGACAGACGUCCACGCGGCGCCUGGGUGACGCGUCGUCCCAGGGCGGCGCCGCUCGCCUCCAGCGCGGAAACUCCAUCAAGGACCUGCAAGCCGGGCGCGCCACCACGUUGCGCCAGCGGGCGCCGUCGAUCCGCAACCGCGACGCCGACGACGUCGGCUCCAACCGCGGAGGCCCCGUGCGCGGGGCGCCCUCUGGGCGCGCCCUCGCGUCGGGACCGGCCGCAGACUGGGACACCAAGUCCGCUGGGCCCGGCGCCGGGGCGCGCGGGAUCGCCGGGGCGGGCGGGGCGUCGCAGCGGCGGAUGCUCAUGCAGCGGAUGCUCGCGGGCGAGGCGCACGAGACGGCGGACCACAGCCCGCAGCGCCCGGUGGUGCGCCGCACGACGACGCUGCAGUCCCGCCGGCAGUCGUCGCGGAUGCUCGGCGGGCAGGGCCCGAGCAAAACGAUGCCGCAGCGCGACCUUGAAGAAGCGGCUCGAGAAUACGAGGAGAGCCGACACGACGGUCCGCGGCGCGCGGCGCCCGCCCCCGUGCCGCGGCCGCGCGGCACGCCGUCGCGCCACCUGGGCAAGGACGACAGCGGCAACCUGCAGUCGCGCGGCAGCAAGCACCGCGGCUCGUCCGUCGAGAACGGCUCGAGCCGGCACGGCCCGACGGCUGACGACUCCCUCAAGAUCCUGCGCGGCAUCGCAAGCGAGGCGCAGCAGACGCGCGCGUCGGCGCGCAUGAGCGCGACUGGCGGCCCCGAGCCCUCGCCGCCGACGACGAUCGAGUCGCACGACGUGGCGGACGCGGGCGUGACACCCCCCCCUGCGGGCAACCACAAGGAGGUGCCGCCGCCACGGGAGGACCGCGCGCCGUCGGAGGAGACCGAGGAGGACACUGCGAAGGCGCAGGAGGGCGCGAAGCGCAACGAGAAGCUCCGGGGCGCGGCGGAGGCGGCGCGGAACAACCUCUCGCGCGCCAGGGACGCCGUCAAGCACGGGCAGAGCCAGUCGGGCAGCCGGGGCCGCGGGUCGCGCAGCCCGAGCCCCGCGCGGCCCGAGGAGAUCGACGUGAUGCCGGGCGCGGACCGCAGCCGCCGGGGGCGCGACGACAGGGACCGCGACUACCGCCGCGAUGACCGCGAGCGCGACUACCGCGACGACAGGGACCGGGAUUAUCGCCGCGACCCGCGGGAGGAUAGGGACCGCGACUACCGCGAUGACAGGGACCGCGACUACCGCCGCGACCCGCGGGAGGAUAGGGACCGCGACUACCGCCGCGACCCGCGGGAGGAUAGGGACCGCGACUACCGCGAUGAUAGGGACCGCGACUACCGUCGCGACGACCGCGAGCGCGACUACCGCGACGACAGGGACCGGGACUACCGCGACGGGCCGGAGUACGAGGAGCAGUACGUGGACGAGGAGGAGGAGGAGCGGUUGGCGGCGGAGGAGGAGGAGAGGGAGGAGUUGCAGAUUCUGGAGGAACACGUGAUCGAGCUGCAGCGGCGGCUGGCGGACGUGCAGGCGGAGAUCGCGAGCGUGAAGACGGAGAUGGCGCAGAACAGGCAGGAGCUGCGUUCGAUCGAGGACCAGGCGCAGGAGAAGCCGCCGCUGUCGUCGAUCGAGGAGACGGACGCGUCGGACGAGGAGACGCGCGGCGCGGGCAACCUGCGGCUGCGCCUGCAGAAGACCGCCAUCGUGUCGCGCAACAAGGUGCUCAAGGAGCAGCUCGUCGACCUCGAGAAGACCGAGAUGGUCUUCGGCAUCGUCGCCGCCGCCGCAGACUCCUACCUCACCAUGCGUCAGGCCAUCUUCAAGGGCAUGGACAUGAACUUCAUGGGCACCGCCGCACUCGUGAUGUUCCAGCGGCUCGAGGCGGAGGACAUCCCGGGCCUGCUGGAGGACAUUGUGUACAGCGAGUCUCCGGACGAGUGCUACGAGCGGGGCCUCGAGCUGGCGGCGAUCAUGGAGGAGCUGGACCGCCACGCGUCGAACCAGGCGCUCGACAACCACUAA